CACGAAGUACAAAUAUAAUAUAUUAUUUAAUACGGUAUCUGCCGCGGUAUUUUUUCAUCAUAAUUAAUAUUAUAAAUACCGACGCAGUCGCCGCUCGGCAUCGGCAUCCGACCGUGGACCGUGGAGCACACUUGGUCGACUUCUGGUGCGGCGUACUCACUAAUCGAUCAAUACCCGUCCCGGUUGAUACGCCGUGUCCGUGUUCGGCAUAUUGUGUACAUAAUAUUAUUAUUAUUUAUUACCGUUAUCACCGUCGUUUCGCAAUAGACGCCGAGUGCUGUUUCUCGAGUCGUGCCGACCAAUAGGUAGGUACCGUAUUAAUAAUAUUAUGUCACUGUAAGACUUGGAGACGACUGCGGUCUCCAACGGUGGUUUCCGUCCUUAAAAUGUAGCUGAGGAUCUAGCACAGGACCUGUGGCUCGCGACCGGAUUGACCAGACGUCGGAAAACGAAGGACAGCACAGCGUCACUCCAAUAAUAAUGGCCUUAUGGCAGGAAGUGCUUGUCGUGGCGUUUUUCAUUUCGCUGCCAUUCCUCUAUGACACUCAACGAACGUUCCGCUACCACUUCCGUCUAGCCAUUUUCUCAGUGCUGGCUUACCUGACUUCUCUGUUGGCCGUCUUCCAGUUCAAACACCGUUCCAGGUUAAUCGCAUACUUUGGACAACAAAUCUCAGAUUUAUUAUCUCUUGAAUGGUGCCUUCAUGGGAAAAAAAAUCUAUCAUCAACACGUACAAGAGUGGCUUUAAUAAAUUAUCAAACUGACAUCGAUACACUAGGACUCUUACAUUUGGUAUACAGUCAAGAUAUGGAGCUGAAUAUAAUUUCGGAAGCAAAUUUCAGCACUUUAUGGCCAUUUUCAUUUUUUCCAUGGCUGCUUUCAUUGGCUCUAUGUCCCAUUCAAUUUUUUUAUACUAAUUUCAGGUUGCUAAAUUUUUCUCCAACAUUAAUUGAUUCAGAGCCUACAAUUGUAUUAUCACCAUCUACAAUGACAAAUGAAGAAACUAUUAAAAUGGCAUUACAAAAAAAAUUGCCAGUUCAGCCUAUUGUAUUUUCCAACUGCUAUUUCAUAAACAAAGAAAAACAUAUGUUUGAGCCAGGUCGUGUUAUAAUAUCUGUGAUGCCAAUAAUAGAAACUGAUGGUUUAUUGCCAAAUGAUAUACCAACUUCAGUGAUAAAGUAUAUUCUAAAAUACGUGCAGAAUAUGACAGUAUAAGUAAAAUAACUCAACUGGGCGACUAUCAGACACCAUCUUAUUAGGCCUUAGAGUUAAUAUUAUUGAUAAUACUCUUCCAUGCACAAUUUUUAACAAGCAAAAUUUCAAGUUAACCUUGUUUUUAAUUUAAAAAGACAUUUCUAUUCACUUUGGUAUGGUUGAAAAGUAUAUUACACUACUUAAAUGUUGAUAAUUCUUGAUUGUUUAUAUAUAUAUAUAUAUUGUUAUAUAUAUAAUUUAUUGUUUUUUUAUUUUUUUUUAAUGAUUUUUUUUUGUUUUUUUUUUUAUGAUAAAGACACCUUUUGUUCUUAUUGGCUGUGCAUAUUAUAAUAUGUAAUUUGUUAGAUAAUCAUUUAUUUCAUUUUCAAAACUCCAAUGGUCAUUAACUUAAAUUGGUACCAAAAAGUAUUUUUUUUUUUUUAAAUUUUUGAACUAGUCAUAAUUAGUAUUAUCAUUUAUUUGAUUACUUACUCAAUAUUAUAUUAAUAUUAAUGUAUUUUUUCUUUAAAUAUCAUGUUUGUUGUGUUUUAGUUGGAUUUCCAUUAAUUUUUAUUUUAACAUGGUAUUGUUAAAAUAUAAAAUUAGUGACCAUCACAAAAAUGUUUGUGUAUUUUUUCAUCUUGUUUUAAAAAAUUAUUUUUAUUGUAAAUGGGUUGGGUGCAAUUAUAUAUGUUAUCGGGCUAUUUAAAUUAAAUUAUGUCCAAUAUAGAAUUAGUUAUAAAGACAUAGCAAUGACUUAAAGAAUAUUAACUACCUACUAUUUAUAAGAAAAAAACUAAAAAGCUAUGCAUUAAGACUUUAAUUAUUUUUUUAAUUUAUUAUCCAAUAAAGUUAUCUUUAAAUUACUUA